AUGCCUCAAUAUUUAAUAGAAAGAAUAAACACAUAUUGUCAACUAAUAAUAAUUACUUGUUUGGAUUAUGUGCUAUUGCAAAUGAACAGUUUGGCAAAUAUAAAGUCAGUUUUGAUAGUAGUGAUUCAAAUAGUAUUUGUAGCAAUAUUAUUACAUAAAAUAACUUAUGUUUCAAAUAUACCUUUUAAUUCAGUACCAAUUUCACCUUCAAAUUGGUUUAAUAGUGCCAAUUUUAUUUUCACGAAGUAUAAAUUGCGGAUAGAAAGACCUAAGACAAAACUCCUACUUAUUAUAGCCAUUAAAAAAGAUAAUCUAUAUAUUUAUACUUCAAAUAUACACGAUAAUGUAGCUUCAUAUGUUAUUCAAAAGCUAAAUUCUUUACUCUAUUUUCUUUUUAAUAAUAUUAUGGUAAUGUUAAAGGUCUGUAUCUCGUUUUCACAGAGAAUCACGACUCCCCUAUUUUACAUCUAA